AUGUACUUGAGUUUUCAAAACAAGUCGUUUUGGGACAGCCUGCAUUUAAAAAAUGGCCUGCAGGACUGGGAUAUGGCAGAGGAGCUCAAACUCACCGUCACCACUGAAGGGUUUCCGCAAGAAGCUGGCGUUCAGCCCCGUCUGUGGAUGUGGGUAAACCCCAGCCUGGCCUGCCCCAUCCCCGGGAGCCCCGGAGUAGACCCAGACGGAUCCAACAGCCCGGUGGCCUCGGUUGCUGGUGCCACAGAAACCUCCUCUCCGAACGCAUCCUGGGACGACUCUGACCCAGACGGUUCCAAGGAGAACGUGCUGCCAUCCUCCAGCGAGGCCGGGAAGGAUGAAGACACUUUGCGUGUGGACAUCCCAGUUCCUCAGGAGAUGCUGGAAACUCCUGAACUGCAGCUGAUGCCGAUGCCUUGGAAACCUUCAGUCCUCAGACCUCAGAGCGUGAAGCUCAGGAGCCCCAGGCAGAGGAGCACUGAAAUCAAGGGAGGCUGGCCCCGUCCCCCCCUUAAUUACUGCAUCCUCAUCACCCUCGCCCUGGGCAACAGCGCAAGUGGCAGCCUGACCGUACAGCAGAUCUACCAGUUCACACGGCAGCACUUCCCAUUUUUCCAAACGGCCCCAGAGGGCUGGAAAAGCACGAUCCGACACAACCUGUGCUUCAGCAGCUGCUUUGAGAAAACCACGGGCUUCAUGUGCGGCGAGGGAAACCGCAAGUCCUGCCUGUGGAAACUGACUCCAGAAGGGCGCAGAAGGUUUCAGGAAGAAGCACAGGCUCUGCCCAAAGAGGCCCUCGACUUGGUGCGCCAAAGCAUGAGCGAACCGGAUGUCAUGAGAUCUCUGUUUGGCCUAUGA